UAAUAUAAAUAAAAAUGUUCAAGGAUAUGUACAAAAGCAGGCAGUCCCAGCAGGUGGAGAAGAAACCCUUCAAGGUUGGCUAUAAGUCCUCCUCAAAAAAAGCUUCUGGUUCUUGAUCUUCCUCUGGAAGAGUAGGAUGUGAGAGCACGCCUCAUGAUUUCUUCAAGUUUGUACAGAAAAGGGUCUUCGUCCACGGUAGAACCCAAUGGGACUUGGGUAACUACAAGCCUGGCUUCUUCAAAGAUCGCUAUUCGCCUAUCACAACAGACUUUAUCAAAUUGCUACAAAAUUUAAUAAACGAAAAACUUGUAAUAUCAAGGCAGGAAUUUAUGAAUUAUUCAAUGCUACUUUACACUUCAAAGAAAAAGAAGAUUGACCAACUUGUCAAGAAGUACGAAGGCUUUCAGAAAGGAAGAUAUCAGCCCUCAAAAAUACUUAAGAUGCAAACCUCUCGUAACAAGAUAGUACAUGGGGUGAUCAAGCAUAAUGACUCCAGUAAAUCCCGUAGUAAAUGUGAUUCCAAGAACUCAAGUCUGUCUACGAGCAAGUACAGGAAAUCUAAAUAUGGAGUUAUUUCUAAUAACACCAGCAUCAGCUGCAAGACAGCUAGUAUGACCAAGGCUCUUUAUCCAAAAUCGAAGAAGAACCCUAAGAAUAGAUUUAAGAUUUGUCCUGACAAAAAGAUUAGAUAUGAAAUUUCUUCCUCCUCUGACCAGCAAAGAGGAGAACUGAGGUCCUCUAGAAAUAAAGAUUUCAAAAAAUCGAAAAGUAUUUCAACCCAAGAAGUGAAAUUUAAUAUUGGGAAAGGCCGAUCCAAUGCUAAAUGACAUGAAGAAGUCAAGAAAGCUAGUCAUAAUAAAUUUAUCCUUGAAAAUAACAAAUCACGCAUUAGCAAAGAUGUUCUGCUCAUCUCGGCUUCUUACGACGAGUCUAAAACUUUUAGUAAAAAUUUUGAACACAAGAAAAAUAUUAGAGAUAAGGAAGUAGACUUUACAAUCUCACCUGACAGGAUAAACACGCCUGGCUUAAAAUCCUGCACCGUCAAGAACAGCAUGAUGAUGGAUCAGACAAUUUUAGAGAACAAAAACGAUCACUCAACUAUCCUAAAGAGUGACUUUCAAGCUCUUCAGAGAUCAGACCCAAAAGAAAGAUCAUAUAACUCCAUCAGCAACUCCUGUAGUGGGGUUAUCAGUAAAAAUAGCGAAAUGAGCCCAGGAAAUAUAGCCAGUGAUAGGCAUUUCCCCAAAUUCAAGCAAAACUUAGUGAAGGAAGCCUUCUAUAAGAGAGAAAAGACUGCUACUAUCCAAUUAUCUACUUCUGAUAAAAGACAAACACUGAAGAAAUACUUGACAGGAUCAGCCUGUAUUGAACUUCAGAGAGGAAGCUCUAAAGGAUCAUUAAAAAGAAAUAAAGGAUUUAUGAUGUCAUCGAAAACUUCUAAUCUCCGUGGGUCCUCGGUACGUAGCAAUACAUCAAACUCUUCCAAAACCAUAGUUAAAACAAGAAGAGAAAAGAUCCCUAGCACAAUAACAAGUUUGAAAAAGACUAGUAGUAGUUCCAAAAAGCGAGCCGUUCUAUCGAAGUCUUAGACAAGAAGGGGCUGGCAUCAAGAAAAUCUCUCAAAUUAGAUCAAAAUCCAAUAUCUAACUAUAACUUUGGAUACUCUAUGAACUACAAAAAAUCUCCCAAUGUUCCUAAGAAUAAAAAGCAUUCAAGGGUAAAUACCCAGUGAAUUGGAGUUAAGGCCACUACAAUUCAUGUUGAGUUCGGCCAUAAAAGAAGCAAUCUCUCUAAUGAAUCAAAAUCAAAUAUUUCGUACAGAAGCUCUCAAGCCCCUCAUGUGAAAAAGAAACUGAACAGACCUAACCUCAUCAAAAGAACCUAAAUAGAGGUGGAAAAGAAGUUUAUUUUUGUUAGGUUUAGUUGAACACCAUCUAGUGUUUC